AUGGCGACUCUAGAUGCGCUUCAGCUGCUCAGAUCCUCCAUCGCGGUCUCAAAGCCCCCAGUUCUCACGAAAGCCUCAGAUCCCGCCAACGCCGAAGCAAACCAAACAGAUUCAUUAGUCGAGGCGACGCAUCUCUAUUUCACACACCCGGCCCCACAAUGUCUCUCCUUAGACACCAAGACACGGUUCACAUCGCAGAAUCCGGACACCGCGCAAGUUGAUUUGCGCAGCAUCUUCUUCGCCUGGCAACAGAAGGAUGUCCCAGUGCCCGAGUACAUCGCCCGCGCCGCGGAGCUCGACAAGGAAUUACCCGAGGGUCACAAAGUGAGAAAUCUCAUAUUCGUCGAGCGCUUGGACUUGAUCACCUGGCUUGAGGGCGCGUCAGAGGAGUCGGAGUAUAUCAAGCCUAUUGAAGGUGCACCUGCUCUUGGAGAUGCCGUCAACAGGGCCGCCGAUGUUGCUGGCGGCGCGGCUGUGCCCACGGCCAGCGGCUCAGGUGUCGGAGUCACACAAUCUGCCGGUGGGAGACCCGUUAAGGUGAUCGAUGCCAGGCUACAGGCAAUCUACAAUGGUGAACGAAGAAUGGGUGAUCACAAUACAGUGUUGCGGGGGAUAAAGCCUACCGACUUCUCACAUGUGCGAAAACACGCAGAGACCUUCCUCGGACGACGAAAAGGCGUCCCUUCAUCAUCUACGCGACCGGGCGGCCUGCCAGCGAAACCGGCUCAACUUGCAGCUCGGCCUGCCGCAAACUCGUCCAAACCCCUUGCCUCAGCCGUGUCUUCGAAACGAUCCGACCCGAUCAUUCUGCUGUCUCCGUCGGCAUCAUCCUUGCUCCGCAUGUCCAACAUCAAAACUUUCCUGGACACUGGGCUGUAUGUCCCGCCCGAUCAUCCCACCCUGUCAACGCAAACUACAGCCAAUCUCCUCCACAUCACCCGCACAAUGCAUUCUCUAAGUGAAAAGCCAUACCGCUUCAUCCUAGUCGAUUCCCCCGAACACUUCAAGCCAGAUUACUGGUCCCGGGUCGUUGCUGUCUUUACAACAGGUCAAAUCUGGCAGUUUCGAGGGUACAAAUGGCGCGAGCCGCAAGAAUUGUUUGGCCACGUCCUCGGUAUUUAUGUCGGGGAGAAAGGACUACCCAUUCCAGCGGAGGUCAAAGGGUGGGGGUCCAGUGUCAAAACCUUUGCUGUGGAGAGGUGGGAUGAAAGGGCACAUGGAGCAAAUGUUGAGCAAGAAACCAGAAUGUCGAGGCGCUGGAGGGAUAGAGAGACAGUGGAGGAGGUGUGGAGAUCUAUUGAAGGGUAUAUGAGAGGCAGGGGAGAGUGGAAGCGUUGA